UUUGAGGUGCACAGCUUCUUAAAUAGGCGAGUUAUAGGCGCAUUGGGGGGCGCUGAUCUGAUAUUGGCACAGACCAACUGCGUAAAUCUGGCCUCCUGUUGCACACUGCCCGAAGCUUCCCGCCGCCGAACAACCCCCCCAAAUCCCCAGAGCACGUCGAUCCAUUACACCAAAAAUCGAGCCUCGCCCAAAGCACCAUUGUCCAUCACGUGAUUUUUGACAACCUGGACGACGACCACAGUCAAUCGCGAAGUCAUCAACUGGAGCCUUGCCCAUCGCGAUAGCGACAUAUUAUGCGGUCGGAAUGGUCUGAAUAGGCUUUCAGCAUCAUCAAGUACUUUCAUCGUGGCGCCCAUUCACCCACCGCUACGCGACAGGUCCACCGUCGACCGCGGGCGAGGUGGACACAGGGGCAUGAAUAAUACGACUUCCAGCUAUUCGCACCUCGAGAGUCUAUUCUUGUUUCAAUUGCUGUCCAAGUACGGCUUUGUCAACGGCGCAUUUAAUCGCAUCUCGGAAGAUCUCCAGAAAAACGCCUUGGUACGCGAGCAAGACGAUUACGAUGCUGCCAGACUGAGCCCGAGUUCCCUCGAAGGGCUCGCCCUGCAGCUACUGCGAGACGAGCAAAGACAUGAAGCCGACGCAACUGAGAAGAAUGGCGUUUCAGGAAGCCUGUCGCCCACGUCUAGGAAACGAAAGCUGCCCGGCACGAGCCCGCCGUUGCCCUCGCCGAAAGAUGCACAUGAACACAUUGACAAGUUGCCCGCAUUGGUCGACAGACUCUACGCACGAUAUCGCGAGGAUACAGUGAGGGAAAUCAGGGAGGAUGAACAGAAGAUCGAGGCCCUGCAACGUGAAUGCGCACAUAUCGAAAGGUUAGAGAAGGAGCAGCAACUUGCUGCGCAACAACAGCAACAAGAUCGCAAGGCUGCCGUGGUUAACGGCAGUCCUGCUGUCGAAGCUCCAAAACCCGUUCGGCCAAACGGUCCCGUCAUUCAGAGUCCGGCGCCUGCACCAAUACCCCUUGCCGUCUCUUUUGGGAAGCCGGUGGUUCCAUCACCAGGUCCCCAACCGGUGCUGGACAGGAAAGGAGCACAUUCUAGUCCCUCCCCGCUUCCUUCCAAUGUACGACCUCCGAGCGAAGUGCGACAAGUUGCACCUGGUAGUAGGCCUAACGAGCCAAGCAAAGCACCAAAUGGCACCUCGUCUGUUCUUCAACAUCCCCAAGCAGCCCAGGCAUAUGGGGCGCGUCCAGCGGCGAUCUCACCGCAGAGUCCCCUUGCCGAGGCGACUCAGCGACCUGACGGCUUACCCAAGGGUCAAAGUCCUGUAGCAAGACAGUCACCCCAGCCGCAGACACCUGGAACUCUGAAAUGGGAACCCCCAUACAGACCGCAGCAGACUUCUGUCCCUUCUCCACGUCCAGCGUAUCCUCCUAACGUGAGACCGCCUUCAUAUCCAAACCAGCCUCAAGUUGGCCAUCCACAGAAUCAGCACCCCCAGAAUUACGUCGCCAACAGACAACACCCCCCUCAGCCAUAUCAACAGCCUACGCGAACUCUGACACCAGGCGCAGGUCAGCCCUCCCAUCCUGUCCUACUACCGCCCCAAAACACUGGCCACAUUCCUCCGUCCUUACCCUCUCUCCCUCUAAAUGCCACCCCGGAUGGAUCCGGACAGCUCGCGCAACAUCAUCGGCCGCCAUCUAUACCCAAUACCAGCGGCCCAAACACUACUCCGUCGGGACCUCACUUUGCAUCACAACCAGUGCAAACGUAUCACAGCCAACCUCCUAGCAGAUCACCGGUGGCAGCACCGCAUGUACCCACACCUGGACAUCCGACGAGCGGUGCUUUCACAGCUGCGCAGCGGCCAUCUAUACCAGGACCCGGUCCUGCGCCGCUCACGCCUCUACCGCAGCGGGCACCAUCGCAGGUGCCGCAGCCAUUGCCCCAGCAGCACAACUUGCCACCCAAUGGUAAUGCUCCGCGCGCUGGCCCCGCUCAAGUCGUUCAGCACGCAAACACCAUGGAUGUCAAACCUCCCGCAACGGCUCCUCACUUGAGUCAUGCCUCGUCUCUCCCACAGACACCCCUCUCCCUCAACCUGUCUUCACAUGUGAUCAGGGGUCAUGGUACCAAAUGGAUCUCGACACCAACACCUUCCACACCUCGAAGGGAAAUGGUGGGCUACUUUGAUGAGCAGAGUCCUGCCUUUGAACCAAUCAGUCCGCCAGCUCUUUCAGCACAGCUUCCAAACGCAUCGCCCCUUCCGCCAUCGAAAAAGGACGGACGCAAACCAGUACAAAAGAUUGAUACUCCUUCAAGCAAUCCAAACUCUCGAAUCUCUCGAGGUGCACAGAAGGCAGCAUCUAUAGCGUCGCAGGCCGAGGAUCCUUCCGAGGACCCAGAUGUGCCUGCCCGCAAGAUUAAGAACGAAGAGGCUACCCCGAAGGCACUUGAGGAUACUGUCGCCACAAGACCGGAUGAAGGCAUACUCCAGUCGAAGGCGGUUACUAAGCGAAAACGCGAAGAGAGCUCCGAGGAACCGGUCUUCCCCAACCUCCCAACCAAUGUUCUUUGGACACGGUCUUUCCACAAAGUGAGCUUCUCGGCUCUUGACCAAGUUACAGGUCAUCGUCACGCAAACAUGUUCGCAAACCCCAUCAAGGCUCGCGAUGCACCAAACUAUCACGACAUUGUCCUUCAUCCCCAAGACCUCAAAGGGAUCCGCGUUGCCAUCAAUCAGGGACAAAGAGCGGCUGUAGCAGCUGAAAAGAAUUUGCCUGACAGCGACCCGACCGCCAGUCAGGUGUGGUUGCCCAUAUCGACUGAUCUGGUGCCACCAAAGGGCAUCAUCAACAUUGCACAGUUGGAACGCGAGUUGGUGCACAUGUUUGCCAAUGCCGUUAUGUAUGCGGCCGAUCCUGAGCGUGGGGUUGGUCCAGCAUUCCUCGAGCAGCGCAGCGCAGCAGGUGGUAACGGCAUCGGCUACGUGGAAGACGAGAGUGGCAUCGUGAAAGCUACCCGCAACAUGUUCGUUGACGUUGAGAACUUUCUGGGCGACCUCCGUAAUGAGGUGGCGCGUAAGCCUGGUCCGAAUGGGAGCCGGAGCAUGAGUGUGGCAGGCGGAGAGCAGAGCAUGGCGGAGGAUGAGGCUGAUGAACAUGCGGGCGAUGGUGAUGGGCCGAGUACCGCUAAGAGAAGACGAGUCACUAGGGGUUAGGCGCCUGCCGGAGGUUAUAGCAUUGGCUGACACUCUGAAAACCGAGAAAGUCCCUUAGCAACUUGGCUAGAGCUCAUCAGUGCGAGGAUAGACUAGAAGGGCGUCUUCGUUGUAUAUGCCUGUCUAAUACGCAUAGAGG